AUGAUCAUGCCCAGUGUGUCAGCAACUGAGACCAAGCCAUCUCCGCGCGCGUUGGUUACCCAGUCUUCCCAGGUAGCCGAACGCGCGUUGAAGUCGCCCGCAAUGAUCGCAAUGAUGGAAACCUUACUGGCUGGCCCAAGGGACCAUCAUCUGAAGAUAAUAAGUGCUAAACAGCAUAUUGUGGUUAGUCAACUAGGUACUGGACUUGCAGUAACAAGAAGUCAGAAAUUUAAAUAUUUGUUAAACUCGAUACGAAUGAGAAAUUCAACUGCACUUUUGGCAUCUGGAUCAAUCUCGGUGAAGGAGUUUUUGAUUCAGUGCUGUCAUAGUACUGACAGAUAUCUCGAAAGAGAACUUAAUUGGCAAAACAACGACACCGAUGAUUCUGAAGAUGAUGUGGAAACCACAGGUCCUGAUGCUAACGAUGUAGUUGAAAAUUUAACAUACAGUGAAGAAGACUUUAUUGUCCCGGAAGACAUGGUGCUGGAAGUUUGGCAGGAAGAUUUUGAUAAUGAAAUUGUUGUGCCAUUUGUUCGUGUGCCAUUUGUUAACGAUGGACAGCUUUCCUCCAAUACCGAGGACACAAGGUGUGUUGUUUGUGGGGACAACCCUCGUACCCACGCUUUAAUACCAUGUGGCCAUAAGGUUUUGUGUUUCGAUUGUGUGGCCAGGUUGGAACACAACCGAUGUCCCAUUUGUAAUAGCGUGUUCGACAGUUUUUUAAGAAUAUGGUGA